GGCGGGGUCUUCCUUGGACAGCCUACGAAUCACGUGCUCCGAGCGGCGCACGUGACUUCCGCAUUCCCCAACUGUUGACUGGACCGAAGCUUCUACAGAACAGCUGUGACUCGUAUCCAGCUCCAGAAUGACUGUAGUAAGCCAUCAGCAGUGGGGAAGCAUGAGCGACCUGGGAAGCGUGGACAAGUGGGUCCUCCAGUCCCCACGGGUGACGGUGGAGAUUCUCACACUGGGUGCAAUCAUCCGAUCUGUGCUCUGCAGAGGCCAGAACGGUCAGAUGGAGGAUGUAGUCUUGGGCUACGAUGACCUCAAAGGGUAUGUGUCGGAUAAGCGCUACCUGGGAGCUGUGGUGGGUCGUGUGGCCAACAGAAUUGCCCGAGGACAUUUCGUAGUAGAAGGGGAAGAGUUCCAACUGGAUGUCAAUAACGGACUUAAUGCUCUCCAUGGAGGCCUGAGGGGCUUUAAUAAGGCUAUCUGGAAUGCUACCCAGGUGGAAGAUGGUGUUAGUCUGAGUCUUACAAGUCCCGAUGGAGACCAGGGCUAUCCCGGUGAAGUUCAGGUCUCCGUCUCCUACACUUUACAGGGGGAAACGCUAACAACUGAGUAUCGAGCUCAAUCCUCCAAAACCACCCCUAUCAACCUCACCAACCACUCCUACUUCAACCUAGCUGGGCAGGGAACAGCGGACAUUUAUGAUCACCAAGUGUCCAUCUUUGCGGAGUCUUACCUGCCAGUUGAUGAAACAUCUAUUCCCACUGGAGAGAUCAGGUCAGUGGAGGGCACACCUUUUGACCUCAGAGGGGAAGUUCUGAUUGGUGCUCGACUGAAAGAAGUUCCUGGUCCAGGGUUUGACCACAACUUCUGUCUGUCUUCAUCUAGCGAUAACUGGAAAGAAAGAUAUGCUGCAAGAGUGUGUCACCCACUCAGUGGGCGUGUUUUGGAGGUUUUUACCAGCCAACCAGGAGUCCAGUUCUACACUGCCAACUUCCUGGAUGGCUCUAUGAUGGGAAAGGGUGGUUCUAGGUACGGAAAGCACAGCGGCUUUUGUCUCGAGACCCAGAACUGGCCUGAUGCUGUUAAUAAGGCUUCUUUCCCCAAUUGUCUUCUGCGUCCUGGUGAGGAGUACCAUCAUGUCACUCGUUUCACCUUCACUACAGUCUGACCAAACAUCGGCUCCACUAAUGAGGACAGAUUGUGGUUUUGACGUUGGACCAAAUAAACUUUAAUUUUUUGUUUACGGUGAAACAGUGGAUACUUUUAUUUGCUGUACUAGAGGCAGAAUUUUUGCAGACCAGACAGAAUCAUCCAAGUUUGUCUGACAGCAGCUGCCUGGCCUUGCUGGACAGUAGAAGAAGUCUUGUAAAUGGUAAAAACUGCUUAUGGAUGCUUAUUAUCUAUAUCCCAACACAAUCAAAUGUGCUUCAUCUCCUUUGAGCAUUGUAAUGCUGCCUGUUUCUUUAUUGAAUUAAAGUAAACGGUGAUGCUU